CAGAGCUUUAAUCCUUUAGGAUCUUGAAUCACAUCCUUUAGAAUGUGGGUGUUGGGUGUGUUUUUCCACCCGCAGAUUUCUAAAGAAAGUUGCGAAAGCGAAAGUUAACCGAGUGUUCAUUUGAAACCGAAUAUCGCCGCAUUCCCGAUUUAUCUGUUAUCCAUAACACAUCUACAUCUAUGAUGAUCAUUCCCGCUGCUGCUUCAGUCCGCAAGCUAAACGUGUUCAAAUGGUUUCUUUUGUGCACCUGUGUGCUCGUGAUGUACAUCCAAUGGACUCAUAUAUGGAUGCUCAGGAGUGAAAUGGCUGAAAUAAAGCAUCGCUUCAGGCCUCGUGACGUAUCCGAGAUGGACGGUGGGAUGUGUUGCGCGUGCUGCGGGUGUAAGAUGAACGGGUAUCACAGAUUUAAAGAGACAAACACACACCCAGACAUAAGGAACAAGAGAGACGUGACGGAAGAGAAGAAACAGAGACAGAGACGACACACAGAGCAUCAUCCUUUUCUUCAUCUUGUUCCCGUGUCAACUCAGUCUAACAAGGAUGAAGACACCACUGUCCUGUCUUGGGCAGUUGGGCGGAGCAGAGGUAAUGGGCUCCAGGUGUCAGGUGAUACAGUUACCGUGGUAACCGAGGGUACUUACUUCAUUUACAGUCAGGUCCUUCAUAAACAUACCACCUGCGUAAUGGGUCACGUGAUCACAAAGAAGCUUAAAGGGGCGGAGUCUAAGCUAAUGAAGUGUCUGAGGAGCAUGUCCAUCAAUGUCACCAAUCCACUCAACACGUGCUACACCGCUGGCAUUCACUUUCUGGAGUCUGGAUCAACGCUUCAACUCUCCGUUCCUCGCACAUCAGCCGAACUCAUCCUGACAGCUCACGCGACAUUCAUGGGCAUUCUCAACAUAUAACAAUGUCUUGGGACCUGCUGUGUCCUUGUGUGCUAUUUUUUUUAAAUAAAUGCCUCUGGUGUUGAUUUUUUGCUAUUAUAAUGCAAGACAUUCAUGCAUAAAUGUGGUUAUAGCAUACAAAUACUUCUGGGGCCACUUUAUGCGGUCUGUAUACCUAAUACUCAAACAAUUGCAGCUACCUUACAAGUUUUUAAGUGGUGCAUUAGUGACACCUUGUGGUCAAUUGAAACAUAUUAGAAAUACACGUUUUUCAAAUGGCUAUGAAAAGUCAUUUGUGCUCCAUAUAACCUGUUUGUAUGAUAUAUGUCUGUAACUUAUAUCAACCGUCUGUAUAGACUACAUGCAAAAAUGGUUGGAAACAGCUUAAAAAUACAAAAUUUACACCAAUA